AUGGAAAACCCUUUCAAAGAUCUCAUGGCACGAGACAACAGCCACGCAACACCCGACGAAGCUUCCAAUGAGCCGACACAACCAAUUGAGGGGAAUGAGAAGAAUAAGCCCAGCCAAUCGGCUGAGGGAAGCAAAGGCCAGCAUAGAAAGCCGGCUGAAGAGAAUCACAUAGAGCUAAAUGAGUCAGCUCAGGAGGAGCUGAAUAAGAAAGUUGCUAAAGGUAGAGGUAAGAGAGCCGAGACUUCGAAGCCUGAGGCCGAGGUGGAGUGUUUUCCUGACAAGAGGAAUUUGGAAGACCUAUGGCAACAGGUCUUUCCAGUUGGGACGGAGGAUGCAUUUGAAGAAGGUGGGCUGUUAUACAAUCAAAAGGUCUACCUCUUUGGUUGUACAAAGCCAAAAUUGGUCUCUUUCCAGGGUCAAGGAAAAGUUGCAAUGAUUCCUGUUGUGGUUACUAUGAACGUUAUUUCUCCAGGUGGAUCGGGCUUUCAGCCUUCAGAGAUUCUAAAGUUGAUGUCCUGA